CGCAAUUUCAUCUUUCACAUCCAAAUUUUCUUGCUGGCUUUCCCUGCAAUUUUCUUCAAUGUCAAGCAGAAUUUGAAUUUCCAACCAAAUUCCCAGAAUGCCAAAAGCUUCAUUAAAUGCCUAUUUUACCAAAUUCAAAAGCUUAUCUUCCUCGUUUGCUUUUACCGGUUCUUAAUCUGAUAAAAAUCUUUGUUUUUCUUUGGAAAAAAAAAAAAUAAAAAAGAGGGAAAAGGAAGAAGAUGAUCAUUUCGAAACCUCUGUUCCGUAAUUACACUCCGAUUGCAAACCAAGUGCUCACUUCAAUGCUCCAAAACCGACCAUUCGACGCCGUCCUCGCUGGCUCAGUUGCCACUUCGAAUUCCUGGACCACCGAAGCAGUUUCGGAGGUGUUAAGGUCGGUGUCCAGGUUCUUCUUCCAAUCCCCUCGGUCCAUCGGCCGGCAAAAAGGUUUCCGGCACCGGUCGCCGUUGAAACAACGCAACUUGAAAGAAGAAUCCGAUAGGUUCAGCAACGGGGUGCUUGUUCUUGGCCCUGCUGCUCACAGGGACCCCCACAAGGUCAACUUGGGAUUGGACAGAGCGAUAGAAUUCUAUUACUGGGUCGAAACCCAUUUUGGAUUUUCACACAAUGAGACGACUUGCAGAGAAAUGGCUUGCGUUUUGGCUAGAGGUAGUAGGUUGAAAGCUCUGUGGGAUUUUCUCGGAGAUAUGUCGAGGAGAGAUCGUGGUGGGCUCGUGACUACUGCGACCAUUACCUGUUUGAUUAAAGUUCUAGGAGAGGAAGGGUUCGUCAAUGAAGCAUUGGCAUUGUUCUAUAGGAUGAAGCAGUAUCAUUGCAAACCGGAUGUUUACUCUUAUAAUACUGUUAUUUAUGCUCUUUGUAGAGUUGGGAAUUUUAGGAAGGCAAGGUUUUUGUUGGAACAGAUGGAAUUACCGGGCUUUCGAUGCCCAGCGGAUACUUUCACUUAUACUAUAUUGAUUAGUUCGUACUGUAGAUAUAGUUUGCAGACUGCAUGUAAGAAGGCUAUUAGGAGGAGGUUGUGGGAAGCUAACCACUUGUUUCGAAUUAUGCUCUUCAAGGGGUUUGUUCCUGAUGUUGUGACAUAUAAUGCUUUGAUUAAUGGUUGUUGUAAAACUUACCGAAUUGAGAGAGCUUUGGAGUUGUUUGAUGAUAUGAAUAAAAGGGGUUGUACCCCGAACCGGGUUACUUAUAAUUCUUUUAUUAGAUACUACAGUGCUGUUAAUGAGAUUGAUAAGGCUGUUGAUAUGUUGCGGCGAAUGCAAAAUAUGAAUCAUGGAACACCAACUUCGAGUUCAUAUACUCCCAUCAUUCAUGGUCUUUGUGAAGCAAGCAGGGCAUUGGAGGCUUUGAAUUUUCUUGUUGAGUUAGUUGAUGGAGGCUCGAUACCGAGAGAAUAUACCUACAAACUAGUUUGUGAUGCUCUGGUUUCAACAGGAGAGGCCAAUUUGCUUGAUGAUGGUCUACGUAAAAGAAUAAGAGAUGGAAUAGAGAGUAGACAUAGGCACAUACUGAAGGUGAAACCGAUAAUGACUCGCUCUGGAUAUGAUAGAAUGAUGGAAACAUGAUAAUUUGGAGAAAUUGCUGCACAUAUUGUAACACAACCUGCAAUACCUAGCCCGAGUUCACACUCCUGCAAAAUACUUUCAAGGCCUGAUAUGUUGCUAGGUUUGGGCUGUUGCACUGAGAUUAGGAGGAGAAAGCAUAUAGUGAAGGUAAAACCAAUAUUGACUGGCGAAGGAUGUUAUGGCAUGGAGAAGACUUCACUGGUGAAACUGGUUUCCUGUAAUGUAGUAAGACCAGCUAUGCCUCACUCAUUUGCACACUCCUGAAACAAACUUUUGAGGCCUGAACUGUCAUUACGGUUUCUCCAAAGUAGGUGCUUCAGUAUUUUCUUUUAAUAUGUGGACUUCUUCUACUAAAGCUACAGGUGCAUCUUCACAGUUGCUCAGACAACAUAAUAUACUAAUACUAAAUAAGUCAAGGACAAACAUUUGCUCAAGCUAAUAAGCUUGUUCUUAAGAUGCACCAAGUGUAGCCAAUCCAAGCCUGUCCUCGUGCCUGCUUGUCAAAAGCUCUUUCAACCUCUGAUUAUGGUGGUGGGUAAUUUCUCUUGAAAAAAAUCAGCUUAGAAAGAGGUAGGUAGGUUCGGCCAAAGCCCUUCUACAGGGCAAAGACUUGAAUAUCAACUGUUUUAUGGGUGAUGGAAAUAUUUUAUUUACACUUCUGAGAGUUGGAGUAAAUGUAGAAAACAUCCCUAAAAUUUUUAAUCUUAUUAUUUGCACUUCCUGAAAGUUACCUUUACACUAAUAAAAAAGUUAAAUUACUUUUAAAAUCCCUUUUAUUAUUAUUUUUUUGCAUUAAUUAAUUUGAAGAUUUCAUUUUUUUUAUAUUUU